AUGCAAGAGGAAUUGCUGGACCCAAAGGAGAUCGGCUGAUAUUCUGCGGGGUUGGCUAGUCUGCCUCGGCCAUAAAUUGCUGGACCGAAUCAGGUUUUUGCGAUUCGCAACCCUGAACGUGUACUCCAUCUGCUACGACUAGGUCGUGAUAUCGGUCGAGCCCAACUAAAAGAUAUCGGUGACGGUUAUGCACAGGACAGAAUGAUGAUUGUUGCUUGCGCAGAAGAAGCAGAUUUGGUGCAACCUUCAUCAUUGAAUCAUUAG